UCCCUCUCCCAGCUCGGCGUCACUAGGCUCCACGCACACGAGGCUAGGACCCCGCACCCCCGUUUCCCAAUUAGCAAUCGAUUCUCGAUUGCCUCUCGCUCCGCGCGCUCCGUCGCUUGCUUGCUUGCUUCCUACUUUUGUUGUUACUUUGGUUUUGCACUGCUCAUCCGGAUUGAAUGAUGACCUUGGUAUCGGAAUGCGAGCGCUGUUGCACGUAGUGCAUUCGUGUCAGGGGAUUUGGAUUCGCCGAUAGGCCGGGGAGGGGGGAAGAGGCGGAGGGAAACUGUUUCCUCUGCUUCUUCUUCUUUUUCGCCUCGUCGUGUUGGUUUCGAAUGUUUCAGGAGAGAAUGCCUGUUGCUCAGUGGCUUUUCUUCCACUCUGCAGGGCGUGAUUUAGAGAGGGAGGACGAUUUGAUACGUGGAUCUUGUGGUGUUGAGUGUUGGUCGACAAUGGGCGGAGCUUGUUGUUGCGAUGAGUCGUGUUGGAAGUCGUAAGAGCGGUCUCGGAGAGUGGCGUCGAGGGUAGACCGGGGUUCGAGGGGCUGGUGCACUUGCAGGGACGUGAUUGCAAUUGAUUCUGGUCGCCAAGGGGGGCAGUCAGGUGCAUUUCGCUGUAGAGACGGUGGAUAUCAGGUUCAUCAUCGGAAAGAGUUUUGGACGAAUUAGAUGCCCGCGGUUUUGGCAAUGAAGAUGCCACUCCAAUCCCUACCUCGAAGAACUUCUACACGGACGUGAUACUGGUAGACUGAAAGGCUUUCAGACUAUAGUUGAGUUUGGAACUCUUUCAUGUCUUGUAGGUGCUGAAGAAGUGCUUACUUUGGCUUGUCUGGCAUGAUGUGCUCUGUAAGUGUGGAUCUGUUUCCUAGCUAUCUAUAGUCGUGGUAGCCGGAGGUUGGUAAAGACAGAUUUUGGGUCGCAACAUCAAUGGUGGCGGGGUUGAGGAACGAGCUACGCACCUUCAGAGGUAGAGUCGACGAGUUACUCGCUGUAGGGGGAGGGAGGAGAUGCAAACGGAAUUUUGUUCAAACCGAAACGAAGUGUUUACUAUGUUUUUACACGCAAAUUUGAGCGGGUGAAGGUGUAGUGAUUACAGAAUCGGACCCGGUACUGUUACCCUUGUUCCGGGUCGCAGGUCUUUGAGCUUCCAAAUAGUUUGAAGGACCUUCAACUCGGGCGUGACUUGUUUUGGUCACUUAUGUUCCGCUAUCCUUGGAUUUAAAAGGAAGUUUUCCCUCUAACUUACGAAGCUGAAAAUUGUUGAGAGUUGCUACAUUUUCACCUACCCCUUGCCGCAAGAGCCCAAGUACUCUCGCUGAUAUGCCACCAAAUGAAGUUCCAUCAUCUUCUUCACUUGGACCCUCAUAUUUGCAGUGGCAUCUGCAGUCGGUGGACGAUUCUGUGGCCGUGAAGCAAAACCUGCAAGCGUUAAUGACGGAAUUAGAGUUCUAGUUGCUGGUCAUGAGGAUGCGUCAAAAUGGGUAGAAUGGACAUGUUUUCGGCAGUUUUUGUUAAUAUCAUCGUGGCGUGGACCUAGUACACUGUUACUCGGAGAAAGAACUCUUCAAACGGGACGAAGAGUUUUUUAUUGCAGGUCUAAACGGAUGCUCGAUUCUUCGUUGUGAGUGACACGCCGUAGAAUGUAGGUGGAACUCAGUUUACAAGACGGUCCUGUAAUACUUAAGUUCACAGUGCCGUUUUAGUGUCAAAUUAGUCUUUGGGUUUGCACCGACAAUAGUGCUAUUUGGGUUGACAAAUCUGGAGCGAAGUUGCCAUGACAGGGCUGUUUCAAAUUUUUGACCGCUACAGAGCCUUGGCUAGAAGUAAAAGUGUACCAAAAAAAGUAGUCGCAGCCAGUCAUGGCCAAGCGUUACCAGGAGGUGAGCGCGACCCAAGCUGUAUCAAUUUUGCAUAUCACAUGUUCCAAGAUGAGUCUGGACAAAGGAGAGCUACGCCGGCAGGUCAAGGUCAUCUGCCCCAAUUGGAAGCUUCUCGAGAACCUCGAAGAUCAUCCAUCGACAACAGUGAAGUCAUGGUGGCCAAGACGUUGGAGGCCCCCAAGGACAUUCAAACUACAGUGGAAUCGAAACCCCAGCCACCCCGCACUUCUCUGGACUCAAGAUCAAAACCACGGCUUUCUUUUUACUUAAAGGACGAGGCUUCUAGCGAGGAUACUACAGCACCGUCGUCUGCGAAGGAUGUUCCUAAUUCAGUCUCGGUUGAGCCUCCUGGAUAUCCCAUCAGCGGAUUGCAUCAAAGAAGAAGCUCUGAUCCGGCAGUAGCUACACCCAGAUUAUCAGUUGAUGGAAAAGUGCCAGGGAAUGAGGACAAGGAGAAGAAGACUAGAGACUUCAAGGACAUGCUUAAAGGAUCAUUCAAGAGAAAAGGGCCUAGGGUGAACAGCCAAGAAUCCCCUGGAAGUUCAUUCGAUUUGAAAGAAGUUGAGCAAGUAAAGACUGUACCAGAAUUGCAGAUGGAGAAUAGGGAGGGAUUGAGCAGUUUGCCUGUGUCUGGGCAAGUUGUUCCGGGCGAGGAUGAGGAGUUCAAAGAAUAUAGCGUUUUUACGGGGAGCCCUAAUGGAUGGCUCGAAAGUAGAGAUGGGUCUACACCCCGGUUGACCGUGGAACUGAAAGAUGGUCCUCAAUUAACUCGGAAAGAUGAUCAGCGUGUGCUCAGCAACGACAUAUCUAGACUUACUGGUUCUGAAGACCCUUGUGAAUAUAUUAUUAGGAAUGCUCACGAUUCUUUUCCUCUUGGAUCAAAAGAAUCACCGGAAGUCAUGGGUUCGAAGGACUUGCGGAAAACGCAGAUGAAUUGGGCGCCGAAUCCUAUUGAUAGCAGAGAGUUAUCUAGACCCCCAGCUUACGGUAAAGCAGCGGGAUCAAGAUUAUCUGCUGAUAGGCCGCCUGCCUCUCGCCAGUCCGGUGGUGAUAGAGAAUUCCAUCGUUCGCCGAAUGCAAACAAUUGGUUUGCUCAGAAUAUUCACAAGUCUUUGGAGACGUCUACACCAGUCUUACUAAGGAAAGACAACGCAUGGUGUGCUUCACCUGGAAGAACCGUUGACGGUAACUGGGAGAACGGUUUGGAAGGUUCCAAAUGGAAGACAUCAAGUGUAGUUGCUAGGUUGAUGGGGCUUGAAGACUUGCCAAAUUUUGAUUUGGUGAGCAAUGCUGAAGCAUCGUCAAGAAUGUCUCCUAUGGAGCAUUACCCUGCGCUCCAAAGGGGGGGUUCCUAUUAUAUGCAACCAGAUGAAUCGCCCUGUCGAGAUGACGAGGACUCUUAUCAAGUCUUCGGGACUGAUGAGGUUGUUACUCCUCUACGGAAGGAUACUUCGAGUAAGUGCAUGUCUGGUGUUCCCUUAGGUCUGUCAGGGCGGCAGCAAGCCCUGUCAGUAUCAACUCCCCCUAGGUUACAAUUUGGAUAUCCUAUUUCACCUGACAACAAGGGUCAACAUACUCCUGCCUCUCCGAAACAUCUAUCUGUGUCACCGAAGCACCACAUGAUUGAAAGUCUGCCUCAAGUUCUUAAACAUCAAGUUGAGCUCAAAUCUUCCAGUGAAGGGCUUUUAUAUAGCGAUAUGGACCAACGUUUGAGGCAACUGGGUCUCAAAAAUACUAUUCAGGAGCGUAAAACUUUGAAGCAGAUUUUAGAAGCCAUGCAUCACAAGGGUCUCUUGCAGCCUCCCCGCCACAUGGACUCUGAGUGGAAGCACAAUCUCCCAAGACAAAGUUCAAAUGGUGCUGUUGCAAAAUCUUUAUUUGAUAACAAAAAAGAUAAUUCGUCAUCUUACAUGGUUGAUUCUUUCAAGAACGAUCUUUUUGGUUUGGACUACAAAGACAUUCCAACGUACAUAUCUGCUCAAAAGGCCAGAAGUUCAGCAGAAGGUGGUCUUGUACCUGACGGUAGUAAGUCACCCUUGAGAGGAAGGUCUGGUGAAGCAUCGAUAGUUGUGAUGAAGCCUUUGAAUACGAAAUCUACCUCAAAGCUCAUCCUUGUCAAACCUUCUCUGGACCCACCUCUAGAGAAGAACCAAGAAGUUGUCACUGUACGUGAAACAAGUGCAUUUAAAUCUUUAUCUACAUUAGCUACUCCAACUGCUACUAUUGCGAAGGAUGGUAGUGUUUCGAUGAAUAUCAGGAUCUCUUCCGGAAGUGAGACUUCUGCUGCUUCUGCUGCUUCCAGCAAAGUAAGGACGAGGUCUAAAUCAGUUGACCCAAGGGGCCAGGAUUCAUUUGAGGAGGUUCCCAUAUCCGUGAGACAGCGGAGAGAACGUAUUGCUGCUCGAACUGCAAAAUUCAAAACUGAGGGUGGAGAUCAGCAGUGGGAUAAUCCGAAGUCCACAAGAUCUCCGUCCUCUAUCGGUAAGAAGUCUCCCAAGAGUAGUUCACCAGCUCGAAGUGCAUUCGGUUCCAGUGUAACAGGCGAUGCAAAGCCUCGAGCUAGAUCUACAAUGGAGAAGAAGGAUAUUAAAAAUGCUAUUCAAGUAACAAGGAAGGCGAAAUCUAGUCAUGAACAGUCGAAGGAAGGGAACAACUCUGAGCAAGAGGAUCGAAAGGUGCCCACUCGCAAUAGAUUGGACUUGAAAUCGGUUGCAGGAGAUGUCGAAAAGACUGCAGGGUUAGAGUCAUGCAACAGUUCCAUGAGUGCAGCAGAAGUUGCUAUACUUCGUAUUAACAGAACUGGAAGAGGCAGUUCUAAUGAUCUAUCCAAUUCUGCUCUAUUUGUAGAUGUAGAUACGAAAGGAGUUAGGGAUGCAUCUUUUGAAAAGAACGAACUUGAAGAGUUUUGUAGUGGAGAAGUGGAGUCUACAACUCAUUCGCGUAGUGAAAGCCAAGAUGUUACGCUGGAAAGGUCACGAGAUGGAUCACCCAUUAAUGUCAUGUCACCUACUUUUAUAUUUUUCGAAAGCCGUAGAACAGACAGUAGUAGAUAUAAUUUAGAAGAUCUUCCGGAUGACUUCUAUGAUUCCAAAGAAAGAUACGAGUCCAAAUUGGAAGACUCUGAGCCGCAGACGGAAAGUGAUGCGGCGCUCUUCACAGAUCAGGGCAGCUCGGAUGUGUCGAUGAGUCGGGAAUCUCAGAUGGAUGAGCCUGGAUCGAGUGUAUUGGAUUCUUCAGAAGCAUCACCUCCUGGUUUUCCGGUCUGGAGAAAAGGAUUCGAGGAUAGAAAUGAACAGUUAUCCAAAGGUGUUGAGCAACCAAGUCCCAUUUCUGUGCUAAACAGGAACUUUCAGGAGGAAGAAUGCACGCCAAGUCCUAGCUUCGAGAAAGCUGGUUUUGUUAGCCUUCAAGAUUGCUCCGCAUCUGAGUCAGGAGGGGAACAGGAAGACUUGAAGGCCCCGAUAUGGCAACCGGCUGAUCCAUCCACUCCGACACAUCAAAUGCCAGUACUGAUCGGCGAUCCUUUGAAAGACUUAUUACACAAAGUUGCCCGGUCGCUUAAUUUGGAUGAUCAGAACUCAUUUCUUAAUAAACCUACUCUAGAGAUUCAGGUCCCGCAUGUCUCUGACCUGUCUACACCAUCUCUAAACUCGGUCCCUUCAUCUUUCUCAACGAAAGAAGAUGAGGAGGCAUAUGUGAGACAUAUCAUGGUCGCAUCUGGAGUGACAGAGGAGCAUGCUGCUCCAAAAGAAUGGCCUCAGUCUGGGCCGCUAAUGAAGACGGACUUUUUUGAUCAACUUGAAGAGCACCUGGAGCUAAGAGAAUCCGCUCGUAAGCAGAACGUCUAUCUAUCAGGAGAAGAGAGAACGGAAUAUGUUAAGCAAGCCCUGGAUCGGCGUGUCCUUUUCGACUGCGUGAACAGCAUAUUGGAGAGAAAGUGGUACCCAUACUUCUAUCCCCAGCCUUGGGGUACACAAUCCUUUCGUAAGAAGCCCAUGGGUGCAAAGCUUGUGGAAGAAAUUUGGGAGGAGUUGAAAACAAUUCAUACCUGUGCGUUGGAUGACGACACGCUUUACACCAUCCUACAGAUGGAUUUCACACACCGAGCUGAAAAGUGGGUAGAUUUUUCAGUUGAAAUAGGAGAAAUCGGCUUGGAGAUAGAAGAGAUGAUAUUAGAUGAGUUGGUGGAUGCAGCUGUACAGGAAUGGUACGACGAAUGUGAUUUCCCAUAGUCACAACCAGCUGCCUUAUAAGCCCCACCGGCUCACCCUGUAAGAUAUGAACAAAAACAACUUGACAGUGAUAUGUUCACUACACCUCCCUCGUUGUGGGAAGCCACAGGGACCUCUUGUGACUCACUAAAAAAUACUUCUUUAAGAAAUGCUUGUUGCAUUUUCGACUGAAACUAGUUGACCGCAUACGCAUGGUUGCAUAGUCUUGCAGAACUAUUGCUCUGUUACAGAAGUAUCAUUUGUAUUUGUGAAUAUAGUGGGUUGUAUUCUUUUGGUCCA